AUGAAGAACCUGAACUUGAACCUGAUUCCGUUUCUACCGGACGAUGUCGCCGUGAACUGCCUCGUACGUCUCCCACGCUCUCAACACACAACCCUCUCCCUAGUUUCCAAAUCAUUCCGUUCCCUCCUCUCUUCUCCACUCUUCUUCACCGCUCGCUCUCUCCUUCACUCCACCCAACACAUCCUCUACCUCUCUCUUCGUACACGCGCCUCCACUCUCCAAUGGUUCACGCUCCACAACAACAGUCACCUCAUUCCUCUUCCCCCUCUCCCUUCCCCCGCAAUCGGAUCUGCCUACGCAGUCAUCGGACAUGCAAUUUAUGUAAUCGGCGGUUCAAUCAACGAUAUCCCCUCCCGUCAUGUAUGGAUCCUCGAUUGCCGCUUCCACCGCUGGCUUUCCGGUCCUUCCAUGCGCGUCUCACGUGAGUUCGCCGCUGCUGGUGUCGUCGACGGCAAGAUUUACGUCAUCGGCGGUUGUGUUCCUGAUAAUUGGUCUAGGUCAGCUAAUUGGGCGGAGGUAUUCGAUCCUGUUACCAACAGGUGGGAAGGCAUUCCCAGCCCGCCGGAGAUUCGCGAGAAGUGGAUGCACGCCAGCGCCAUUGUGGACGGUAAGAUUUACGCCAUGGCUGACCGCGGUGGUGUUUCGCUUGAUACUCGUAGCGGCGCGUGGGAGAGUGUGGGGAGUGAGCUUGACCUAGGGUGGCGUGGGAGAGCGUGUGUUGUGAAUGGGAUUCUGUAUUGCUACAAUUACUUGGGGAAAAUCAAAGGGUUCGAUGUGAAAAAAGGGUUGUGGAAGGAAUUGAAGGGUUUGGAUAAGGGUUUGCCGAAGUUUCUUUGUGGGGCAACAAUGGCUGAUGUUGGUGGAAAAUUGGUUGUGGUUUGGGAGUGCCAAGGGAAUGGAAAGGGGAAAGAAAUGGAGGUUUGGUGCGCUGAGAUUGAUGUGAACAAGAACAAAGAUGGGGAGUUGUGGGGUGAAGUUUGUUGGUUGAAUAAAGUUCUCUCUGUUCCAAAAGGAUCCUCCAUUGUUCAUUGUUCUUCUGUUGCCUUGUGA